CUUUGCUAGAGAGAUCUAAAGAGCUCUAGAGAUGACGUCUCAAACAGAUAUGUCUAUGUUACGUGAUAAACGUGGGCGGGUCCGAAAUCUGUUUCCGGAAACAUGGAGGCUGUUGUGGGCGAUGUGGUAGCUCCAGAAGACCUUUUAAAAUUUGAGAAGAAAUACAACAGUGAGCUGGCAAAGGGAGCUGUCUCCAAAGAAACAAAGUUUGAGUAUGCUUGGUGUCUCAUCAGGAGUAAAUACACAGAUGAUAUCAAGAAGGGAAUUGUACUCUUGGAGGAACUUGUUCAGAAAACAUCAAAGGAUGACUCCCGGGACUUCUUGUUUUACCUUGCAGUGGCCAACUACAGACUCAAAGAAUACGAAAAAGCCCUGAAGUACAUCCGAACUCUUUUGAAGAACGAACCGGGGAACAAGCAGGCGCAUGAACUGGAGAAGCUUAUCGAUAAGGCUUUAAAGAAAGACGGCCUGGUUGGCAUUGCGAUCGUCGGUGGAUUUGGUCUCGCUGUGGCCGGUUUGGCCGGUCUCAUCGGCUUGGCUGUGUCAAAGGGAGCUGCUAAAUCCUAACCUAGACAUGGGACGACAUGUCUUAAUUUUACUGGACUGACACACUGACUCUACAUAAAAAAAAUAAAAGUUUGUGGAGAGAGCUUGAAGGAUGUAACAUUUUGGUGUUAAGUUGAGUAUAUACAUUAAAGGGUUUGAAUAAUGCCAGUGAAUAACCAUAUUGUAACAGGGUUGAGAUUCACCAUACAUAUAACAUUACUUAGCUGUAUAUUCACACAUGAUAGCAUGGCACUUUUCUCAAUAUUUGUGUAAAUAAAUUAGAUAGUUAAGGUGCUGCUCAAUUUUAUGUAAUUUCUUAUUUAGUUUGCACCUCAGCCUAAACUUCCUAAGUUCACACUUACAUUUUGUAAAGAAUAUCUUUAUAAAAAAAAAUGCAGUUGAGGUUCUGUAACUGUCUGUUGAUGAUUUUUGACAUACAAAAUUGUUAAGGAAAGUGUUAUUGGUGCAGUAGAAAGUGUAGCUGGUAAUACCAAAAGCAACAACGUGAUUUGUUUGCUGGUGAUGUAGCAGUGACUGCCAUAAUGCUGGUAGAAGACUGUAAGUCCAGCUGCUGCUGAGGAGGCAAUGAGGAGAUGUUUGCAUUUAUUUUGGACAUGAGGUUUCUUUUCAUUUGUUCUGAAUACUACUUAAAAUUUAAGAGAGGCAACGCACUUGGUGGAAAUUAAUACCUUUUGUCAUUUAAAAUGCAUAUACCUUUGCUACAUGUAAUAGGUUGUGUUUUCCAUCUCGUUAAUUAAAAUGAUUUUGAACUGAGA